CACACUCCCUCUGAUGUAAAUACACUGCGCGGCUAGUGAUGUGACAAGUUGUUUUUGUCUUCUCGAAUGGUUUAACACCACAGAGAGCUAAAGACUGCGGAAGAGAAGACGGCUAAAUAAGCGCGAUUAUCAGGUGAGGCAGGAUGGAGGAGGAUUUGUCAGGUGCUCUGAAAUCUAUCAGUUUGGGGCAGAAGGACAGUGACAUCAUGGACUCUUUUGGGCUGUAUGUAGUCACGUGGAACGUGGCCACGGCUGAACCUCCUGAUGAUGUUUACUCGCUGCUUCAGCUCAGUUCCCCUAAGAAACCAGACCUCUAUGUGAUCGGUCUGCAGGAGGUGCGGGCAGCCCCUCUAAAGUUUGUCUCAGACUUGGCCUUCGAUGACUCCUGGAGUCAUCUCUUCAUGAGCACGCUGGCUCCUUUGGGAUAUGUCAAGGUCACUUCCAUACGGAUGCAGGGUCUUCUUUUGCUUUUCUUUUCAAAGUUGGACCACGUUCCCUUCAUCAGAGACAUUCAGACCACGUACACCCGCACGGGUCUCUAUGGCUGCUGGGGUAACAAAGGGGGUGUGUCCAUCCGUCUGUGCUUCUACGGUCACAUGCUCUGUUUCCUGAACUGUCACCUGACCGCCCACAUGAACAACGCCUCCCACAGGGUGGAUGAGUUCGAGCGUAUUCUAGAUGCUCAGACCUUUGAUGCCAAAAACACACCACGCAUUCUGGACCACAAGGCGGUGUUUUGGUUUGGGGAUUUGAACUUUCGUAUCGAGGAUCAUGGUAUGCAUUUUAUUCGCAGCUGCCUCACCAGCCACCGUUUCGAUCUGCUGUGGCCUAAAGAUCAGCUUACCAUGAUGAAAAAGAAGGAAACCGUUUUGCAGAAGUUUGAAGAGGGACCUCUUAACUUUCAACCCACCUAUAAAUUUGACUUGAACUCUGAUAACUACGACACGAGGGUACAAAAGGCAUGGUUUGGUCUUACUGGUAAAAAACGAAAGCCUGCCUGGUGUGACCGAAUUCUUUGGAGUGUCCUGCCCAAAUCCUUACAGAAGGGUGUCGUUGAAGAUGGUGACGAUAAAGAAGAAGAGAAGAAAAAACAGGAAGAAGAGUUUCCUCUCAGAGUAGCCCAGGAAUCUUACGCCGGUAAAAUGGAUUACAACAUUAGUGACCACAAGCCUGUAGUUGGCAUCUUCUGCUUAGAGUUGAGGAAACUGUAUGAAACGCCGUUGGUACAAGUGUGUGCUGAGGGAGAUUGGAGUGCAGAUUUUGAUGCCCUGAUAACCUACAGCCCUCUUCAGUCUUUUUCAUCCAGUGCCUGGGACUGGAUUGGUUUAUUUGAGGUUGGUUUCAAAAGUAUUUCAGACUAUGUUACUUACACCUGGGUGAAAGAUGACCAGGUGGCUUUCAUUGAUGAGCUGUUUCAGGUUUAUGUUAGCAAAGAUGACAUUCCAGUUCGGGGCGGAGAAUGUGUGCUGUGCUAUUACAGUAGCAAUUUGCAGUGCAUUGUGGGUAUGAGUCAGCCUUUCAAGGUGCAGGGAUCCAGAGCGGCGAUUGAAGAGGGCUGUUUGCCUGAAAACAUCGAUGGACUAAAUCAAGCAGUAGCCAGUUAGGACCAGAUUUCUAAUGUACAUUGUUUCAUACACUGUCUGCCCACCUUUCUAAACAUCUGCGCCUCAGAUGUCAAGCCAAACAUACCUGUGAAUUCAAGUGCAGUUUUAAUCCAAAAUGUAAUUUCCAUUUAUUGGUAUGUUUAUACAGCGUUUAUUUUUUUUUUAAGUUGACACUUGUGAUAUUCUGAAUAAGCAGCAGUUUUUACUUGGCUUGAAAUCAGUUUUAAAAAGUCUUUCAAAAGCAUUUACAAUAAAUGAAGAAAACAACGCCAGUGAUGUAUCAUAAUGUGAGACUGAUGCAGUUCAGAUCAUUUACAGCACAGCCCUAAUAUUACCACAUUUACCAUCAAUAUGAAAGAAUACAUGAAAACUGUAAUGUUCAAUGUUACUGCUGAUGUUCUUCAUUCCGUCUCAUUUAACGACGACUGUUACACUGUCAAAAUUAACUACUUUAAUGGCACAUUUAAUUGGUUAGAUCUGUUUAUAUUUGUAGCUCAUACAGAAUGUGAUGCUGUAAUUGUGUUUGUCUCAAAACGUUAAAUUUAAAUAACUGCAGAAUGUGUAGAAAUGCUCAUUGUUAUAUGUCCUUUUAUUAUAUUGCUAAAUUAUAUUUUUCCAGUGUGUGCACAUUAACAUUCGACAUUAAUGCUAAACAUAAACAGACAAUGUGCGGUCCAACUUAAAAGUAUUUAUUCAAUAAAGUAUGCCCUCUGUUGUAUGAAGAAUGUUGUUUUAAUGUUACCCAGUGCUCAAGUCUGAAUAGAAUAUAUUUGUUAUCAAAUUAUACUGUAUAAAAAGCAAAAUACUGUAAGAAUCAAAUUUUCUCUGUAAGUUAAUGAGUUCGUUAUUUUCUAAACGAAUCCAAAUGCAUGCUGAUGGCAUGAAUUAAAUGUUAUUUAAAUUAAAAACCUGAAUAACCCA